UGAAACUCGAUAUGUUCUCGAAUAAUCGAAUAACCAGUUAUGUAUCGACAUUUAAUUUUCGAUUUAAAGUACAAGCACAGCCAUUUGUCAUAGAAAAUUCUAACCUAAAACAGAAAAUGAUUGUGUGUCGGUGGGGGGUGUUGUUUCGAGAUAAAAAGGACAACAAUAAAGUACUAUGAUUCUGUGAGCAACGCUUAACUACGGAUUAUUGAAAUACGUUCGUCGAUCGAAGAAAUAUAUACCACGCUUUGAGAAGAUACGGAGUUUUCACCAGAAGCAAUUUGUUAUAAUUUUUCUUUUGUAUUUUCCAACAUUCGAACCAUUCUGUUUUAUCUUUUGAUCAUUUUGUAGAAAUUUUAUCUUAUAUAAGAAGAUAGAAAGUAAAAAUCUUACUGAUUGAUACAAAACAGUGGUUGUGUUGGUUGUGGCAUAAUACAUCGUUUUUGGCAAUGUCGUCGGCAAACAGCAUAGAAUCCCUAGGAACACUACAGUGGGAUAUGAUCGAACUGGCCAGUCAUCUGCGUCAAGAGCGUCUGUUUAUCAGUUCGGAACAACAAAAUUUACAAAUACUCAAUGAAAAGGUAUUAUACGCGUCAUCAAAUUUGUCACAGCAGGCCUGGAUCACAGCGCAACAAAGAGUUAAUCUAAAUCGAUUAAUAAUGUCUAGACCAGAUUGUACUCCGGCAUCUUGUUGUCAAAAAGCAAAUACUUUGGAAAAUUCACGUUUUGUUGAUGCAUAUAAGUAUUUACGUUACCAGGCUUGUUUGUCUUACGGAGAAUUCCUAGGCAACCUUAGAAAAUCUCCUAAACUUCUUGCAUCAUGUUUGGUAGAGGGAGACAAAUUAUUACCAGAUUUAGUGCAAAAUAUCGUUCAAUCAUUGGCAGCAGGUUUAUACGGCAAUUGUUUAUUACCAGAAGAUAAAAUUUUGGUUCUAAAAUUACUUAGACAUCUGAUGUUGCUACAAAUUGUACCCUCGGAUAAUCCUCGAAGGUUACUCAGACAUGGCACAUGUGCAUUUUCUAGAUUUUACUCUGUCUUUCACGAGAGUGUUUUUUCGGCCAAAUUCUUCCUAACAGCUGCUUUGCAUAAUCCUAUUGUACAGUUACUAAUGGAGGAUGAAAUGUUUCUUGAUAUUGACCCAGACAAGGCACCCGUAAGAUUUCCUCCAUCGGAGAGAUUGAAGAAAUUUGGAAAGGAAGGUACUCCCGAGUACGAAAUGAAGUUGCAGCGUUACAGAUUGUGGACGAUUAAUUCAUUGUUUCGCAUAACUCAAAGAUUCAUAGUUAGUAUACAAGAAAAUAUGCAUUGUUUUCCGAGCAGUGUCUGCUGGCUGGUUAGACAAAUGGCAGGACUUUUGGUAAAAAAUGGGAACAUCGAUCCAAAGGAAGUGCAUGCAAUGUGCACUGACUUGGUUUUUACAUAUUUCAUAUGUCCUGCUAUAGUAAAUCCAGAACCAUACGGUAUCACUGACGCGCCUAUCAGCUACGUUGCUAGAUUCAAUCUUAUGCAAGUUGGACAAAUUUUGCAAAUGCUUUCUUUAAUGAAGUAUCAAACAGUCGAUAGUAAAACGUUCGAUCUUUACAAGAAAUUCGACAAGGAUUCUGUCUCUUCUAUAAUAGAUGCAAUAGUGGAUGGUACAACAGAAGAACUCGAGGACGAGCCUAACGUCAUUGACAAUAAUAAAUUUCGAGGCCUUUCUCGUUCUGCCGCCUUGUUUACGGCAACAGAACUAAACACUUUGAUUAUAUUUCUUCAAUCUAUAGCUGCUGAAACUACCGCAGAAAACGUCUCACGAUCCACGGCAUUCGAUGCAAAGCAAUUAAUCGAUAUGCUUUUUCAAUUACCUUCCGGUUCCUUAAUCACUAAUAAACUGGCUAAUAACGUCAACGUCGAAACAAGCAACCGACGUGGGGGCCUUCUAGGAAAAGGAAAAGGACGUGUAGUACGAAUGUCGGCAUCGUCAUCGUCGUCAUCGUACUCGUCCAAUGCAACCAAUGACGGAGGAGACGAAAUGAACGGUACUUCAACCCCCGAGGAAGAAUCGACCGAGAAAAAUUCUCAAGAUGUUCUCGUCAUUCCGUUUGAACCAAAUACCGGAGAAUUCGUGGGACUUCUUAGCGAACAGAAAGUCCUGUGUAUGGAACUUGGAUCCAAUAUGGAAAACGGACCUGUUACUCUGAAUCUUUCGGAUGACAUACCAAACGUGCACGACAGACGGGGAAGUUGUGGGGUUGAACGCAUAGAAACUCAAGAAAAGAAGACUCGAUUUUCAUUGUCGCAUGAUGAAGUUUUGUUCGAAGGUUUCAUCGGAAAUACCUCGGACAAUUUGGAGGCUGUUUCAGAAGCUGCUUCAAAUCACAGCGUUGCUUCCUCUCUCGAACUAGAAACAGAAGAUCAAAACGAUAAUUUAUCGGAUAUGGUGUCUGCCAGCGUUUCAGGACGUGGAACGCCCAAUAUAUCAGGUCGUGAUACGCCAUCGUCUCAAAUCACCGAAGGAGACGAAGGACGUGCUGCAGGCGAAGCACGACAAUUGGAUUUACCUCCAUCGAAUAUACCAACGAAACAAAGUCGGUCUGAAAUAGAUGACAAGUUUUGCAAAUUCGAGAUUAAAAAGCUGAUCGAAGGUGACGAGACUGUCUCGAUGGUGUCCGAUACGUGGUCGACGGACGUUCUAGCUUCGGAUAGUGAAAUGGUCGAACAGCAAGAAAAGAUACAGUAUCCUCCUCUGUCGGAGCAAAACCCAACGGUUAUAUCAACAACGUCGGAAUCGAUGCCACAAAUGGCAUUAGAUGUCAGUGAAACUGCGUCUGAAGCAUGGAGUACCGAUGUACUAGCUAGCGAUUCCGAGAGAUUGACCGAGGUUGACACUGAUGACACUGCUAGCGUUGCAAGGUCCGAUGAUACUGCGAGAUCUGAAAUUGAGAUUGAAGCACGCAGCGAAGCAGAGGCUACGGAAGAAACACUUACACAGGCGAUUCCCCAAAACACAACAUCGACUGAAUGCACGGCAACAGGUUUUCAAUCGAUACCAAUUAACAGAGAAGAUACACGAUCUUCUGCGACCGGUUCUCCUUCGCCGACAACAUCCCCUUCGGCAUCCUCUUCGAAUAUAACUGGACAAAAUGAAAAUAGGUCUGAUUAUCAAAGAGGUACGAUGGAAUAUGUCGACAAAAAUGCCAACAAUAUUGGCAGCGUUAGGGAUUAUGAUAAAUCGUUGCGCGAUGAUGGAUUGGCUCAUCUCAUGGACAAACUUCACAUCGACGAUGGAAAGGGUCAAAUGGAACAGCAGACUUCGACCCAUAAUCAUAUUGGGGUAGCAGCUGUUGCGCCGGCUUUGCUGUUAGCUAAUCAUAUUUCACCACCGGUUUUGUCGAGGGCAGAACAGUCGCGAAACAUCGACGCAAAAUCAGAGGAAUUGGAAAACUGCAUUGGUUCGGCUAAUGAAACGGUUGGCGAAACUGACCUGGAAGGUGUUCGAUUGAGUAUUGAUAACUUGAUGUCCAGAGGUAGUUCUGGUUCUGAAUCUCGAGGGAAGAACACAAGCUCGGAGUUACCAUUGUCGGGGACAUUAUUGGUUAAUGGAAACUGCGACUCUCCAAAACCUAACGCAUCCAGCGGUGCCAUACCAAAAAGUAUCAGUUUCGAUAUGACCGCGGAACGCGGAGACAAGGAACUGUUGGAUGACGAACAAAAAAAUAAAAGAAGCUUCUUUGGGAAAUUGAAAAUGUCCCUGAGAAAUCGGAGGGGCAAGGCAAUCCGUGGUUCUGACGAUGGUACUAUCAGUAGGUGGUACGAACGAGAUGUCGGCGUGGACAGUGUUGAUGUAGGGCGACACAGAUUACGUAGAAUAAUGUCCGAAGAUGUAACAUCAUCUGGUAACGCGAUUAAUGAUAGUACAGACGACAUAUUGGCCAAAUACAGGAGGAAACCAAGUAUAGCGAGCGAUACGGCAUCGACCGAGAGCAAUCACUCUCGUACAAAGGAAACAACGGAGGACGAGAGGCUGUUGAUAGAUCCAAAUAACAUUGAGCUCUCUUAUGCAUUCGCCGAUGCGAAAAGAAAGUUACGUAUGGUUCUCAGUACCGCUGAUCUUCAGCAUAUUCCCUGGACCACUACAUCCGAGCGAAAUUCUUGGUCCCAGAAAGAGAACGAAUUGGUCGCCUUUCUACAAUUACAGCUAGCAGAAGCUAUCAAUUUACAGGACAGAGCGUUAAUAGCUCAUCUGCACGAAACGCUGCGUUGUGUUAGAUUGUUUAAUGACGACGGAUGCAGGAAAUUGUUUAAGUCCUUGUGCGAGGAUUAUCAGAAACGAUCACCUUACGUUGCAUAUUUAAUUAGAUGUCGACAAGGAUUACUUUCCACGUUGGCUCAUUUAGACAGGUUGUGUGUUAGAGUAAAAUGCGACCGUGAUGCCGUUAACAAUCAUCUCGUAUCCGUUUGCGUGAGAGUCUUUUUAGAAAAAAAAGAGUCACUCCUUUUGCAUUUUUGCGAUGAAUUCAAAAAAUUGACUUUGGCGGAUGAGAAACAAGAUUUGGUCGAUACCUUCCUGGGAAAGGUUCACUCGAAGAUGGACAAUGAUCCGAUAUGGCAAUGCGCGAGCGAAAAUCAACUGGUAUUAGCCAGAGUCGUGGUGGAAAGAACCGUUAUGGCGCGCGUUUAUCAUAAUGCACUUUAUCCAAACGGGGACGGUGAUGUUUACCGGGAUCAGUUGCUUCACGAUCACAUUAAGAAACUGGCCAAAGUUGUGACGCCUAAUCAUAAAGAUCUACGAAUUCCUAAGAUAUACCAUUAUGAGUGCCCCUGGCCAUGGGCACAGGCCGAACUAGCUGUAAUAUCAGCGUAUAAAACUCCUAGAGAUAAACUGCAAUGUGUAUUUCGUUGUGCUACAACUAUCAUAAAUUUGCUUUCAAUGGCAACCGAGAGGGGAGUACCCGCCGCCGACGAUCUUAUUCCUGUUUUGGUCUACGUUAUCAUAAAGACUAAUCCACCGUCCUUGCUCUCGACUAUACAAUACGUGGAUAGUUUCUAUGGAAACCGACUAGAAGGCGAAGAACAAUAUUGGUGGACGCAAUUCUGUUCUGCAAUUGAGUUUAUAAAAACAAUGGAUUAAGUCAUAUUUAGUAACAAGAUACUGUUGGAACUGUAGAAAUAGUGUAUCAUAAUUUUCAUCAUCAUUGUCAUCGUAAUAAUCACCAUUGUUAUAGUCAUCGUAAUUAUCAUACUCCUCCACCUCCUUUCCUAUGCCGAUCAACGUCGUCAUCAUCGUCAUCGUCAACAAUAUUAAUAUUAUUAUUGCUAUUAGCACUGCUGCACUUCAGUACUUUUGCUAAAGCUGCCACUGCUAUUAUUGCUAUUACUCCCACCAAUUACUUGUUUUAUGCCCAUUAUUCUUUGUAUUAUUAUUGCUUUCACUACCACGAAUAUCGUAAUUAUCAUUUUAAACUUGAUUUUUAAUUAAACACGAUCCAAAUAUUAUUAUUGUCAUCAUCAUCAUCAUUAUCAUUAUCAUUAUCAAUAUGAAUGCUAUUGUCCUUAAUGCUGCUAUUGCUAUUACUAUUAUAACUAGUAUUACAAUUAUUCUCAACCUCAUUGUUACAUGUAUCAUUAUUUUUCCUGUUACUAUUGUUAGUACCUCUAUUAGAACCAUUGACAAUGAUUUUUAAAUGUCAAUCAAUUUCAUCCCACUAAAAAAUCGAAUAUUUUCGGUAUCUUACAAAAGUAAAAGUAAUAUCAUAUACUACUUGAAUGUAAAAAAAAAAAUUGCCAACUUUUUUUAAGGGAUGCAUUCAUUUGAUGUAUUACAAUUGAGUUUUACCCUAUGCAUUAUCAUGAGAAUGAUUACUCUAUUUUAAACUAGCAAAAAUAACUUGCUUUUAUAUAAAAAGGCUUUAUUUUAUUAGGGAAUACCCACAUAUUGUAUUUUUUCAUACACCUCGUCGUUAGAUUUUUAAAUUAGUACAUACCCACAUUACUCUAUUAAAAUCGACUUAGAUGUCGAGAAAGAUUAAACGCUGUGUAUAAACAAUAGGUCAGAAAUUGCAACAGAACUUAGAAUAGUCGUUCCGAGUAAUAGCAUUAUAAUUUUUUUUUAGUUAAAUACGUUUCAAAUUUGCAAAUAAAAUGUAUUUUGCGAUUUGUUACAAUUAUAUAUUAU